AAAAAUGGUAUCACCAACGGCUACUAGUCUAGCUGCUAUUUUGAGGAAACAUGAUGAGGUUUUCCGGAAGGAGUUGGGCAGUAUGAAGGACAUUACUGUUAAGCUAAACAUUAAACCGAAAACAACACCAAAGUUUAUGAAGGCCAGGUCUGUACCAUAUGCUAUUCGAUCAAAAGUGGGGGAUGAGUUGGACGCCUUAGUUAAAAGCGGUGUUUUGGAACCGGUGACUGUCAGCGAGUGGGCCACGCCCAUAGUUCCCGUACCCAAGAAAACGGGAGAAAUACGAAUCUGUGGAGAUUUUAAGGUGACACUGAACCCUGUACUGUCAGCAGAGCAGUAUCCUCUUCCCCGCAUUGACGAUUUGUUUGCCGGGCUGAGUAAGGGGCAAAAGUUUAGCAAAAUAGACCUGAACCAAGCCCACUUACAGAUGCACGUUCAUGAGGAUUCUAAAGACUUGCUCACCAUAACUACGCAAAAGGGGCUUUUCAGAUAUUGUCGACUCCCUUUUGGGAUCACAUCAGCCCCUGCACUUUUCCAACGUGCCAUGGAUCAGAUCCUACAUGGCCUCCCUGGUGUACAGUGCUAUUUGGACGAUAUUCUGUGCACAGGAAGUACGGACCAAGAACAUCUGGACAAUUUGGAUGCUGCUCUUCAAAGGCUGAAAGAGUAUGGGUUCAGGGUUCGCAAAGACAAAUGCGAAUUUUUUCAACUGUCUGUUGAAUAUUUGGGACAUGUAAUUGAUGCCCGAGGGUUGCAUACUGCGCCGUCAAAGGUUAGAGCGAUAGUCGAUGCCCCGCCGCCAGAGAAUGUUAGCCAAUUACGUUCAUUCUUGGGCUUACUGAAUUAUUAUGGCCGCUUUAUACCGAACUUGUCAUCCAUGCUCAAGCCGCUACAUGACCUGCUUUGUCAAGGAAAGAAGUGGAAUUGGAGUGAUGCCUGUCAAGAGGUUUUUCAGAAAACAAAUGAGACAUUAGUGACAUCAGGGGUUCUGACCCAUUUUGAUCCAUCACUCCCCAUUCAGUUGGCCUGCGAUGCAUCCCCGUAUGGAGUGGGGGCGGUCAUUUCACAUUUAAUGCCGAACGGGGUAGAGAGGCCCAUAGCAUUUGCAUCACGGACCUUGAACAAAGCAGAGACUAACUAUGCUCAGAUAGAGCGGGAGGCGUUGAGCAUCGUCUAUGGGGUUCGCAAGUUCCAUCAGUACCUGUAUGGGAGACAGUUUACACUGCUGACGGAUCACCGACCCCUGACGACCAUCCUGGGGUCGCACACUGGGUUACCCUCACUUGCCGCGAGUCGCAUGCAGCGGUGGGCGUUGCUUCUGUCGGCUCACUCGUAUGACAUCAAGUAUCGCAAGGCCGACCGGCACGGCAAUGCCGAUGCACUGUCCAGGUUGCCUCUUCCUAUCACCAGGCCUGAGCCACGGGCAGCAGAAAUAUUUUACUUCAGUCAGGUGGAUGGUGCGCCAGUUUCUGCUGCUCAUGUGAGGAGGGCCUCUCGCACGGACCCUGUCCUGUCUGCGGUGAUGGACAUGGUGAUGGGGGGUAGAUCAGGUAGCGAUGCCCCCAGUAUUCAACCUUAUCUCUCCAGGAGAGCAGAACUGGUGGUUAUCCCCCCAUCAUUGCGUACAUCUGUUCUGCAGCAGCUCCAUGCAGGUCACAGUGGAAUAGUUCGAAUGAAGGAGAUAGCAAGGAGUUACUUCUGGUGGCCAGGAGUGGACAGAGAGAUAGAGACUACCGCCAAAACCUGUUCCUCAUGCCAAGAAGUUAGGAAGGCACCCCAACUAGCUCCUCUACAUCCCUGGGAGUUUCCCGAAGAACCAUGGCAACGGGUGCACAUUGAUUUUGCAGGACCUGUAGAGGGUUGUAUGCUCCUUGUGUGUGUGGACGCCCACAGUAAGUGGCCGGAAGUGGCCAUAAUGAAAACCACUACCACUACAAAGACGAUUGAGAGGCUGGGGGAGAUUUUCAGCCUGUUCGGUUCUCCUCUUCAGUUGGUCUCAGAUAACGGGCCACAACUGGUGUCACAAGAAAUGACUACCUUCCUUGAAGCAAAUGGCGUACAACACAUUCGAUCCGCACCAUUUCACCCUGCGACCAACGGUCUGGCUGAAAGGUUUGUGCAGACCAUGAAGAAAGCUUUGAAGACAUCUCAAGAGCAAGGAUCAUUUCAUCAGAGAUCGCAUAGAUUCCUGUUGAGCUAUAGGAAUACCCCCCAUGCCACUACUAAAGUUUCCCCCGCUUCUCUGAUGUUCAAAAGAAACCUUCGAACAAACUUUGAAUUUCUGAAACCGACAACGGUGAAGGAUAUUGUUCAGCAUCAACAGGAAAAACAGAUUCAACAAAGAAUGCAGAAGGCUAAAGAAAGAGUCUUCUUUCCGGAUGAGCCAGUGUUAGCAAGGAACUACAGUACUGGCCCCCGAUGGGUCCCUGCAACUAUAGUCAAGCAAUCUGGUCCUGUUUCUUACACCGUCAGUACUGCUGCUGGACUGGUAUGGAAAAGACACAUCGAUCAACUUCUUCAGGCGACAGCAUCGGCCCCCAACCAGCCGUCGGUGGAUACUCCGAACGAGUUAGAGUUCAGCGCACCCCAUCUCCUGCUGCCACCACCCCAAAGAACAAUGGAAUAUACUGGUGAGACUUCUGCUUUUGACUCUUCACUACAAGAUCCUGUGAUGGAUGUUCCAACACGCACGGCUGUUCCAGAGUCACCCAGCGGAGACCGUAAGACUGAACAUUCUGUUGAGCCCCGUUAUCCGGUAAGAGAACGCCGUCCUCCAGAACGCCUGAAUUUAUAGACUCAAUGUUUAGAGACCAACCCAAACCAACUGGGGCAGAAUAAUCCCCAUGGGUGUGGUCACGGGUUGAGGCCGUUUAACCUCAUCUCAGAGUUAUGUUGGGUAACUGUUACCAAA